AUCCACUACACGUGUGGGAUUUUUUCACAACAAAAAGCGCUAAAAAUUUUUAACUAUGUCCGUGCAAAAGAAAAAACGUAUUUCUAAAAAGAAUAAAUCAGCUUGGCGUAAAACAGAUAUUAAUGAUGUGGAAGAAUAUCUGGAGGAACAAAGGCAGGAGGAGAGAAUAGGCUCUUUCACUGAAAAAGCGGAUCAGGAACUCUUCAAAGUUGAUGUGAUACCGGCAGAGCCAAAGAAGAAAAUAUUAACAGAGAAACAAAAACGAAAACUAAAUGCCAAAAAGCCAUUGCGUUCUUUUCAAUCUUUGGAGAAUACAUCAAAAGUGCAGGACCCAAUUGUUAAAAGAAAUAUUGUUAAACAAAAGAAGUCUGGUCGUAACAUUGAGGAUGAAGUUAUUAAUCCCACCAAGCCCAGGCAUAUACAAGCCAAUGAAGAUAGGGCAAAAACAUAUGCCAAGGUCGAGGAAAAGCUUAAAAAGAGAGCUACAAAAAUACCCGAUACCAACAAAGAUAUUUGGGCUGAAGAAGAUUUUCGUGAUAAAAUUCCUGGGCUAAAGGAUGAAAAGGGUUGGAUUUCAAAGGAGCUUGCGACCUAUCAUGCCCAAACAAUGGGUAUGCCAGUGUUUAAAGUGCACGACAGUAUAAGGCAUAAAACUACCAAAGCCAAGAAAUUCGAAGCACCUCAUCCAGGUACAAGUUAUAAUCCCUCUUUGGACGAUCAUCUGAGUCUAAUUUCCAAUGUAGUUGACAAAGAAGAGAAAAUUAUAAAAGAAGAGAAACAUUUGAAGCGAGUUACGACAAAGAUGUUCUCAAAGGUUACUCCAGAAGAGCGAGAUCGUCAACAUCUAAAGGAAAUGAGUGCUGGCAUGGAUGACGACGAUGAUGAGAAUGAAAAUGGCGACGAAAAUGAAGAAAUUGAUAGCAAAACUAGCACAAAGAACGAUAGCCAUUCCACAUCGUCGUACAGCACACCAAAUCCACCUGUCGAGAAUAAGAAGAAAACUAAAACGGCGCGUAACAAAGAACUUCGUCAGAAAGAGCUACAAAAGAAACUGGAAGCAAAGAAAGCGUUGAAAAAACAAACAGCCGACUUAAAUCGAAUCAAAUCAUUAAAAUCUGAAGUCAUUGCCGAGGAAGAGGAGUUAAAGGAGUUGAUGAAACGUCGCAGAAAGACUGAGUUCAAAAAGAAAUUUGAACCCAAACGCUUGGGACGAUUAAAAUAUAACGAGCCUGAUCAAGAUGUUCUUAUGCCUGAGGAUUUAACCGGAAAUGUGCGCAAUAUAAAAACCCAGACAAGUCUAUUGGUGGAUCGUUUUAAGAACUUUCAGAAACGUAACAUCCUACCCGUUAGCGUGGCAACAGGCAAACAAAAGGCUCCCAAAAUUAAACGUUUUCCUCGUAGCUCUCAUAAGGAACCUGGGGUUUCUCACCAAAUGUUACGCGAGCAGCGUUUGGCUCAAAAAAAGCUUAAUAUUGUGUAAGAACUUUGUUCUGGCCACAAAUUUUAAUUCACUUUGAAUUAUUCUUAAGUGUAGUUGAAUAUAUAAGUGCAUAUUUGUAAAUAAAGUUUUACACUUAAUACAUUAUA